AUGGAUAGUUUGAUUCCAAAAUGUUCAAAUUGUGACGGUAAGUUGCAAAGCUUGAUAUCAUGUCGAAUGGCUUGGGACUGACAUAAUGCUUUACAACAGAAAUGGGCCACACCCGUGGCAAAUGCCCCGAGGAGAAGCGUGAGCCCGCCAACAAAAUCGUGGUCUCAUGUGCGAAAUGUCACGGCGAGGGUCAUCGUGCAAGAGACUGUACUGAGCCAGUGCCUGAACGCGCCGAGAGAGCUCCCAAGACCUGUCGGAACUGCGACAGCGAAGAUCAUGUGGCCAAAGACUGCACAGAGCCCAAGAACAUGGCCAAGGUGCAGUGCCGCAAUUGUGAUGAGUUCGGUCACACAGGUCGCGAAUGUCCUCAGCCAACCGACUGGUCGCGCGUUGAGUGUUCCAACUGCCACGAGAAGGGCCAUUCCUACAAGCGCUGCAAGAAGCCUGCUGCCGUUGAUAGCGGCAACGAGGGUGAUGGCAUGGAUGCUGGUGGGGACGGAGGCGGAUGGGGCAACUCCGCCGAAAACAACGGUGGUGGCUCUGGAUGGGGCGCUGACGAGAAAGCCUCGAAAGGUGGUGAUGGAGGAUGGGCUACUGCAGAGAAGUCUUCCGGCGGUGACGGUGGUGGUGGAUGGAACGCAGGUGAAGCCGCUACUUCUGGCAACUGGUAGAAGCCUGAUGUGCGUGCAUCACAUCGCUCAUAUGAACAUCGCUGAGUCCGAUAAUGCCAAGAAGUGGACUCGCAGUAUGAGACGAUCGGGACAAAGACUGCUCAUCAUUGCUCAUUGACUGCGGCAGUUUGGUCGAUAGUCUCAAGAUGGCACAGCCGGCAAGAUUUCGCCGUGCCAAGACUCUAGCUUUCUCGUCCUGUUUGUUGUUGGUGAUUCUCAUCUAGAUUGAACUUUCGCUAGCGGUUGCCUUGUAAUUGCUAAGGGAUCUGCAAAUAACAACAUGUCGUCUGAUGUUGGAGGAUCCUG